UAAUAAUACAUUUCCCCGAAAAAUAAAAGUACGCCGGUUCUUGUUUGUCCUUUGUCUCGUCACCGUUAUCAUUAGGGUCUUCUUGAGAAGGAUAAGAAGGGAGAUCAAAUCAAUUUUGCGGUGGUUUCCGACACAGUAGCCAUGAAAGAAGAUCAAGAGCUAGAUUUCAAAAAGGAAGGUGCUGCCAACACUUUGGACAAUUAUUCAAAAUUUGUGAUAGCGAGGGUUGGAAGUAGGACUCGACCAUGUGAUUUGAGGUUACAUUUAAUGAAGGAGGUUUCAGGUAUGCAAACUUCUCUAAAUAGGGAAACCGCACAUGCUGCAGGAUCUCCAGAGACAAUGGGCGAGUCAUCCAGCUCAGGAACAGCAAGACUAGAUAAAGCAGACAGUUUUCGAGCAUAGUAGUUGAUAUAUUUGACUGUGGAUGGCGACUGUGUUCUUUGUUUAGAAUUGUGGUGUGGUAUGUGGUUGUUGAUAGAUAGCAGCUAAUCUUUGCCUUAAUGGUUUAUAAGUAGGCGCAAAAUCGGGCAGAAUUAUGUUAACAAUCACCAUCUGUCUCGUAUUGGUAUAAAUUAUAAUAUCCUGUUAUUUUCAUUUCAAGUUUGAUGAAUGAUUUAUGAA